AUGAGUGAUUAUUUUGCUGAACAUUCUCGAGAUGAGGAUAUCAGAAACGAUUCGUUGGCAAUAGCAAGGUUGAUAGUGGAAGGCGGAUGGAGCGAGCAGUUAGGUUUAAGCUGGGAAAUGCUAUUUCCGGACUCUACAAAAGCUGCUAGCCCUGAGGCAAUUGCGAGUCUCGAACGAUUACGCUCACGUGAACUUCCUGAAAAUGGUUUAAGCUGGGAAAUGCUAUUUCCGGACUCUACAAAAGCUGCUAGUCCUGAGGCAAUUGCGAGUCUCGAACGGUUACGCUCAAGUGAACUUCCUGAAAAUGAGACGGCAACAAGAACGUGA